AUCUCCCCAACGGUUACAACAACGACGGUUACAAUUCAAAGUAUUCUCCCCUUCAGAUUUUUCACUUCAGUCCCUUUCGAGUCGAUUUAGGCGGAUGACAUUAGUUUUACAGUAGCCUUGUCAAUCACUCUUCAUUUUCUUUAUUAUAUAAUCGACUUCUGUUCUGAGAUCCGUCAGUAGAGUAUAAUUUUAAAAUGUCUUUUUCUAAGGCGAAACGUUUUGAACCUGAUAAGGUUUGUGGUCCUCCUCCAACUGCUUAUGAUCCAAAACAUCCAUUUGGAACUGGAGUAAUCAGUUUCCCGAAAGGAGACAGAUUUCCCCAGAAUUCAACACCUAAUCACUUACUACCACCUCAAGAUCCAAUGAUGACACGAUCCCACUCUUCUUCAUCAAUUGGUUCCACAGACUCGACAGCCACCUCCAAGUCUGUACAGGUGAAGAAAGAUCAUACACACUGUAAUAAACAGAUUGCAGACCUGGAAAAAGAACUUAGAAAUAUAACCAUGGAAAGAAACCAACUCUUACGAAGAAGAAAUCAUCCAAUCCAUGCUGCCACCCACAAUGAAAAUAAGGAAAACAAGGAACCUGAACCUGAACCUGCCCAGCAAGCCCAGGGUGAUCAUUUGGGUGAAAUUUUAAUACUGAACACGACUAUUCAAGAACUAAGAUCAAAGCUUGAAAGUGUCAGACACCUGGAAGAGGAAAAGUCAACCCUCGAAGAUGAGCGCGACAAUGCCUUAGCAGACUUGGAGCUGAAGGAAAUUGAAGUUGCACGGGUCAUUAGCCAAAUCGAAGAACUGAAAUCAGUUUUCGAAAAAGAAGAAACCCUGCGAUACGAGUUGGAAGCAACUUUAAAAUUGGCUACCGAUGACAAGAAGGAGAUGGAACUACAAAUUUCUGAAUUUGGCCUCAAAUUGGAAAAUCUUGAAAACAUUAGGGUGGAGCUUGUGAAAGAAAUAGAUUCAGUGAAAGAGUCGCAUGAAAAAGAGCUGGAAGCUAAGAACGUUCAACAUAAAACUGAAUUAGAGGAGAUUCUAUCAGCCAGUCGAGAUCAAAUUCAACAGCUGGAGAACAACUUACAGCAACUUGGAGCUGAACACGACGCAGAAAGCGAACAAGUCAAAUUCGAAUACGGAAGGCAAAUCGAUGAGCUGAAUCAGAACAAUUCAGCUACUCUAGCCCGACUUGUGAGUGAGCAUGCUGCUCGAAUUAGUGAAAUCCAAUCAGCUCAUCAGGAGCAAUUAUCUCAACUUGAACUUUCAAGUGAUCAGUUGGAAAUGGAACGCUCACGUCUUCACCAAAAAUGCGAAGAAAUCGGUGUCACUCUUGAAACUAAACUUGAUGAAAUUGAAACGCUGAAAACGCAGCUAGAUGUUGCUGAAGAGAAACGGGAAACUAGUCGUGCACAAGCGGAAGAAAAAUUUCUUUCUAUGAAACGAUCCCUGGAGUUGGAUAUCGCUGAAUGUCAAGUGCGUUUUGAGGAACAACGCCGGAUCGCAGACGAAAAACUCCGUUUAGACUACGAAGCGAAAUUGACCACACUAGAAAGCAAACACCUUGAACUUACACAGCAACUGCUAGCCCAACAAGCCGAGUUUGAAGAAGCCCAUAAAGCCCAUUCUAUUUCUUGCGUUCAGUAUGAAGAACAACUCAAGAGAUUAAAUGAUAAUAACCAAACAGAAAAGGAAAUUCUGAUGUGGCAAAUGAGUCAGCAAAGAGAAAACCUGGAACUAGAACUUAAAGCUGAUUUUGAUCGACGCCUUGAAGAGAAAGAGUCCGAUUUUGAGCAGCAGCGUAAAACUUUGGAAUCUAAACUUAACCAAUCAAAUGCAGACCACGUUAACCAGGUGGCUACUCUGGAAUCCAAUCACAAGAUCCAGCUGAGCAAUUAUCAUGAACUACACGAAGCUGCGCUCGAGAAUUUGGAUCGUGAAAAGAAUGACAUUCUUGAAGGCCGGGCAUUGGUUGAGAAGAUUUUGCAUGAAAAAGAAGCUGAAAUUGAGAAAGUCACCAACGAAAUGAAAGCUGCUGUCGAAAGGCUCGAGCUGGAUAUCAAUUUGCUUCGCGAGAGUAAUAAUAAGUUGGUCGAAGAUAUCGUUCGUGUCGAGAAAGAGCGACAGUUGUCUGAAGAAAAGACGGAGAUUGAAUUGGUGCAGGUGAAAGCUCAAGUCGAACAAGAAAAGACAUCACUGAUCAAAUCCUACGAAGAUGCCAUCGAAGCCAUUCGUACAGAUUCUACCAACAAGGAGGAGCACAUCGCGCAGUUGGUCAGCAAAUUGUCCUUGACUGAAGAGAGUUUGCAGAAACAGUUGGCGGAGAAAGAAAAACAACUUGAAGAGGCUAGUGUGAUGCACCAAGACCAAUUAGACAAAAUUUCCAGCCAACAUUGUCAAGAAGUCCAAAGCCUCCACAGGGAUUAUGAAAAGGUUAUCGCCGUCAAAGUAGAUCAAUUCCACGUUGAAAGCGAACAGUUGUCUAUCAGUCACCUAAAAGCAAUUGAGGAUUUGCAAAGCCGCAGUUCAGUAGAGCUCCAGGAAUUGCAGGACGAGUUCCGCAUGACUUUUAAUGCACUUGAACGAAAAUUGGCAACAGAAAAGGAGGAUCUUGCACAGGCGCAUGCCAAGGAGCUUGCAGAUUCAAGAAACAGUUACGAAGAAAAGAUUGCUGUAAUCACGAAACAUCACGAAGGUGUUAUUGAAGUACUCAACAAAAACUACGAAGAAGCCAUGGACAAUGGUCAAGAGCUGCAGCAAAGUUUAGACUACCUUCGUUUGGAAUUUCAAGCUGUUCUGGCUGCCGCAGAAGCUAAAGAGACGCAGCAUAAAGCAGAAGUCGAGAAAAUGUCUCACACGAUUCAGUUUAAAGAAAACGAGAUCACACACCUUGGUGAAACUCUUCGCCGUCGUGAGAAGGAGACGGCUGACGAAUGGAUUCAACGUGAAACGAGCAUCAUGUCCCAACUUACUGAACAGAAUCUAAAAUCUGUGGAAGAGUUUGAGACUCGCUUACAAGAAAUUCGUGCCGAGCUUCAUCAGGCGAAAGAAGAAAUCGGAAGGGUGGCCGAAGAAAGAGAUGCAGCUCGUGACGACAUCGCUGUGCUUCAGGUGCAGACUGAAGCUCAACUCGCUGCUCUGAGUGAACAGCACGACCAGGAGCGAGCAAUGCUAGUUGAGAAACUGUCAGUUCAAACUCGUGAAAUUGAGGAAAUCAACAGCGCCAAGAUUCAAGACCUUCAGGCUCAAUUGGUCGAAAUUCAGAACGCAUUUAUGGAGUUUCGCUGGUCAACCUCGCGACAGAUAGAGCAGAUGGAACACGAUCACGAAGAAGCGGUCUUAACAGCCGUUCGCGAUGCUCUAGAGCCGGUCGAUAGCGAAUUAGAGUCCCUUCGUAAAGAUCGUGAAGCCUAUCUUCUCCUUCAAAAGGAGUAUGCGGAUCUUCAAGCCCGUAUCGAACCUUUCAGAGAUCAACUUGAAAUGUACGAAGCUGAGAAAAAGGCACUACUGAACCAGGCUCUGUUCGCUGAAAACUCUAUGGCUUCCCUCGCCUCCAAGUACACCCAGCUUCUGGGUCACCAGAAUAGCAAACAGAAAAUCCAUCACUUGGAAAAGCUCAAGCAAGACAUUUUUUACCUCCGCAAAGAACUAGCGGACAAGAACCUGGCCUUAGAGAAGGAAAAGAAGGCCCGUCAAAAGGCCGACGCCCGAGUCAAGGAGUUGACUGGCCAGAAAAAAUAUGAUCCUGCCGAAGCCUUCAAGGUCCCGGAAAAUCCUGUGGUGAUUCCAGUUGUCAACAAAGCACCACCCAAACUGUCAAGUGGGGCUAAACCUACGGCCACUCCUGCUCCAACAGCCGAAACAAAAGAAACUGCUCGACAGCAGCGCAAGCCAUUGCGUCCCCAGGUUCAUGCAGGCACGGGAUUCUUCUUGUCGAUGGAUGACGUCGAAAAGGAACGAGUGGAUAUGGAGCGAGAGAAGCAGCAGCAGUUGGAAAACCGCCGGAAGGCUGCUGCCAACUUCGACGCAUUUGAUGUCGACUUUGGAUCAAGUUCCAGUCGCCGGGAAACUUUCAACGUCCCGGCAGCGAAGCAGUUGAACGUGACCCGAAGUGUCAAUGAUGCCAAGCAGAACAACAAAGAGAACAUCAAUCGCGGGCUGUUCCCCAACGACAUAUCUGAUAUUUCCGUCUCCGAUGAAAUGGUACUGAAGAACAAGUUGCUAACCAAGUCCCGUGUUGAAAACCUUACUUCAACUCCAUUGCAGAGACACACUUAAAAUAACAAAAUCCCUUAUUUUUUUAAAUUAGUGGAAUCCGUUGUCUUUUCUAUUCGCCAUUCUUUUUUUAAAAUUUCUGUUCAGUUUUUCAUUUAUCUUCCAUGUCUGUCACACACUCAUACCUCUUAUUUCAACAAACAAAUAAUCCAUCUGCCAAUUUUAAUUCUUAUCUUUUUAAGUAAACCUGAAUAACAAUAAACUCGAUGUUCUACGAAAAAGAAAAUUAACUGAGCGUAAAUCAUACACAAUCUGAUACUGAAAAA